AUCCACCACAAAGCAACCACAGAAACAACAACAUAGCUCAACUCAAAAGGACAACAACAAAUGAUAAACAGAUCUAGCACUGUUGCAGAGAAAAAGACUGAGGCAACAUAUGAGAUUGCUUGGAUACAUGUGAGAAACAAGAAGGCCUUCACAGACGCGGAGAUUGUAAAAUAUUUUUUGGGGGCCAAGAGACAAAAUAUUGUAUGCUGAUUUCACAAACAAGGAAGCUAUUUUUUAAAAGCAAAUUAAGGUACUGCAACUCUCAGACUCGACCAUAACAAGACGCAUAAAAAUGUUGGUGAGGACAUCAGUAAGCAACUGAUUACUGACAUACCCGUGGCGCCGUGUUUAAGUAUUGCGCUUGACGAAAGCACUGAUAUAAGUUACAUUGCGCAAUUAUGUUUUUGGGUCCGAUUCCCUCAAAACGAGUCGUUCAUAAAGGAACUUUUAUGUUUACUGCCCCUUCAGGGACAAACAUGAGGAGAGGAUAUUCUGAAAGCCCUUGUUACAUUUUUUUGCUGAUAAUAAUAAUAAUGACUGGUCAAAUCUGGCAUCUGUGUGACUGACGGCACCCAAACAUGCGAGGGAAGGAGAAAGGACUCAUAGGCCUGAUGAGAAAGAGAGAGGAUAUUCCCCAAUUUGCUACGUUUCAUUGUAUCAUUCAUCAGGAAGCUUGUGGCUAAACUCAAAGACUGUGACUUACAGAAUGUGAUGCAGCAAGUGGUGCGCGUGGUGAACAUUAUUAUUGCGAGGGCACUGAAUCACAGACAAUUCCGCCAGUUGGUGGAGGAAUACCAGACCUGAUAUUUCACAAUGAGGUGAGAUGGUUGUCUUGUGGCAGAUAUUUGGAGAGAUUUCUCUCUCUCCUCCCUCAAUUCUGUGAAUUUGUUGCAAGCAAGGGGAGAAAGGAGCCAGAGCUGGAUAAUCCACAGUGGAUAUUCAAGAUGGCUUUUUUUUAACUGACAUCACCUGCCACCUGAACACAAUGAGUCUCCAGCUCCAAGGGAAAGCUAAAACUCUGGGAAAAAAUGCUGCAUUUGGUCACAAUAUUUCAAAAUAAAAUCACCACACUGUUCAUACCUGACAGUUUCCAAAAACUUAGCGCAGUCACCACAUCCAACCCAGACAUACAGCAACAUUUGAGCUAUGAUGCAUUUGUGCGUGAUGAGUUGGAGUUGGAGUUUGAGUCAAAAUUCAAGGAUAUCAUGGAGUACAAGGAGUUUUAACUUCAUUGAGAACCUCUUUCAUGUGCCAGUGUUAUCUCUGAUCGCAGCCAUCACCGUCCCCUGUCCUGACGUGCUGGAAUAGAGUGAGAUAGUGGAGCUGCAGGAAAAUUACACAUUACAAGGUGAACUAAGGUGUUACCCAUUCAUUGAGUCCUGUGUCAGAUACAGUGUAUCCAUUUCUGAAGCAGUGUGUACCAAAGGAGACCAUUUUUUGUCAGCACUUAUUCAUGUGAAGCAAUAUUUUGAACAAUGAACAGACUGACCAAUCCACACCUGAGUUGCCUCACAAGGAUAGCAACAGACUAUACAUUUAGAAUGAACUCAGUCAAGGAGCAGAAGGGGUAUUUUCACUCACCAAACUACUGAGGUAACCCUUAAUAUCAAUCAAAUCUCAUUUUUAAAUCCCUUUUACAUCUGUCAAAGUGCUGUACAGAAAACCAGCCUAGGUGUGGCCAGUCCUCUUCUGGCUGUGCCGGGUGGAGAUUAUGACAGUACAUGGCCAAGAUGUUCAAACGUUCAUAGAUGACCAGCAGUGUCAAAUAAUAACCACAGUGGUUGUAGAGGGUGCAACAGGUCAGCAUCUUAGGAGUAAAUGUCAGUUGGCUUUUCGUUGCCGAGCAUUCAGAGUUAGAGACAGCAGGUGUGGUAGAGAGAGAGAAGGGACAAGGUAGCACAUCCGGUGAACAGGUCAUGGUUCCAUAGCCGCAGGCAGAACAGUUGAAACUGGAGCAGCAGCACGACCAGGUGGACUGGGGACAGCAAGGAGUCAUCAGGCCAGGUAGUCCUGAGGCAUGGUCCCAGGGCUCAGGUCCUCGGAGAGGGGAGGGAGAGAAUUAUAGAGGGAGCAUACUUAAAUUCACACAGGACACCGGAUAAGAUGGGAGAAAUACUCCAGAUAUAACAGACUGACCCUAGCCCCCUGACAAACUAUUAUAUGUGAUGUAGCCUAUUUGAUGUGUGUAUGUAUAUAUUUAUGAUUUGCUGUAGGUCAAAUCAAUUGCAUGUGCUCGAUAUUUGCUCUCAAUUGUUAUUGGAAGAUAAAGUACAACAAAUUAAAGAUAUGUGCAACCCUCUGAAUGAUUCUCUCAACCCAAAGUGGCUCCCAGUCAUUACACAUACGUUUCCACUCCUCAGACUGCUGGACUGUUCUGUAGCUACACAUAUCGCACCCUUCCUUCUCCCUCCACAACAGUUUUCCAAUGAAGUUUGCAAUGACAUUUCCACUUAAAAUCGUCCUCUCCUCCUUUUCACAGUCGUCACGUCCGGUUCUCGUUGCACGAGCAUUUCGAGUCUUCCAAUGAUCGGUCUAUUGCGGCAUUGCCUUGUCAGUUAGUUGACUAUUACAUUUCACAAUCGAGGUAUAGGCACGUUUAACGCCUUACUGGCUUUUAAUGAAUGUGACACGAAGGAGCCGAAAUGAAUGGUGAAGCACGCGGACUGUAACCUUAGCGGUCUUGAUUUCUGCAAAAGUCAUGUCAUUCGGAACAGCGACAACCACGAUAUUCAAAACGUUAACUGUUGGGCAACAUUCACUGAUGGACAUGGAGUCUGCAUUAUGUCCCCCGUCCAAUCAGAACGGCUGCAUCCUGAACCCACUUCCUGUCUCCGAGACCAAACAGGAACAGGAAUUAGCUCCACCUCCCUGUCUGAGGGUGCACCUGUACCACCUGGGCCAGGGCGGAGCCAACAGCCAAGACCUCACCUACCCGGCAGGGGACUAUGUGGCUGAGGAGCUGUGCAUCGAUGCGGCCAAGGCAUGCGGCCUGUCGCCGUUGUAUUGCAGCCUGUUUGGCCUGAUGAGGGAGAGCGACCGCAUGUGGUUCCCACCCAAUCACAUCCUCAAACUCGACCAAUCAGCAAAUGACAGUCUCCUCUUCAGAGUGAGGUACUACUUCCCUGGCUGGUAUGGAGGCUCCUGUUCCCACCGCUAUGGGGUCAACAAGGGAAUGGACAGCCCGGUGUUCGACGAUAACGUCAUGUCCUACCUCUUCGCUCAGUGGCGUAGUGACUUUGUGCAUAGCUGGGUGAUUAUCCCAGUGGACCAUGAGACCCAGGAGGAGUGUCUUGGCAUGGCUGUGUUGGACAUGAUGAGGAUGGCUAAGGAGAGUAGCCAGUCCCCUGUGGACAUCUAUAACGACACCAGCUAUAAGUCGUUCCUACCCAAGGACAUACGUGCCCAUAUCCAAGAGUACCACUUUGUGACCCGGAAGAGGAUCCGCCAUCGCUUCAGGAAGUUCAUCCAGCAGUUCAGCCAGUGUAAAGCCACGGCUCGUGACCUCAAGCUCAAAUACCUGGUGAACCUGGAGACGCUGCACCCAGCCUUCUAUUCAGAGUGCUUCCGUGUCACUGAGUCCUUGGAAGGAGAGGUCACCAUCGUCGUCACAGGAAACAACGGCAUCCAGUGGUCCCGGGAGGAGGAUAAGGAGGCAGACAAGGGUUUCCAGACGUACUGUGAUUUCCCUGAAGUUAUUGACAUCAGCAUCAAACAAGCCAACAAGGAGGGCUCUAUCGAGAGUCGCAUUGUCACCAUCAACAGACAGGACAGUCAGACUCUGGAGCUGGAGUUCCGUUCCCUGUCGGAGGCUCUGUCCUUUGUGUCUUUGGUGGAUGGCUACUACCGGCUCAUAGCCGACGCUCACCACUUCCUGUGUAAAGAGGUGGCGCCCCCUAGGCUGCUGGAGGCCAUUCAGAGUUACUGCCAUGGUCCAGUCUCGAUGGACUUUGCUAUCGGUAAGCUGCGGCGGUCUGGGAAUCACAAGGGUCUGUACAUCCUCCGUAGCAGCCCUAAGGACUACAACAAAUACUUCCUGUCCUUUGUAGUGGGCUGUGACAGCCUAGUUGAGUACAAGCACUGCCAGAUAGUGAAGACCGAUCAGGGAGACUACAUCCUCUCUGGGGCCACGAAGAGUUUUGCUUCUCUGAGGGAGCUGCUCCACCGCUACCAGAAGGAAGCUCUGCGCUCUGACGGACACAUCUUCCAGUUCACCAAGUGCUGCCCGCCUAAAGCGAAAGACAAGUCUAACCUGUUGGUGUGCCGCAGUAACCAGGGUGCUGAGGUUCCCCUGUCCCCCUCUCUGCACAGACACAACAUCAGCCAGAUGGUCUUCCACAAGAUACGCAAGGAGGAUCUUGUCAUCAAAGACAGUCUGGGUCAGGGGACGUUUACUAAGAUCUUCUGUGGCGUGAGGAAGGAGCUGGGAGACUAUGGAGAGAUUCACCAGAUGGACGUCCUUGUUAAGAUCCUGGAUAAGGCUCACCGAAACUACUCUGAGUCGUUUUUUGAAGCCGCCAGUAUGAUGAGCCAGCUAUCCCAUAAGCACCUGCUCCUCACCUAUGGCGUGUGUGUCUGCGGAGAGGAGAACAUGAUGGUGCAGGAAUAUGGGAAGUUUGGCUCCCUGGAUACAUACCUGAAGAAGAAGAAGAGCUCUGUGAACAUCACCUGGAAGCUAGAGGUGGCCAAGCAGCUGGCCUGGGCUAUGCAUUACCUGGAGGACAAGAGCCUGGUCCAUGGGAACGUGUGUGCCAAGAACGUCCUGUUGAUCCGAGAGGAGGACAGGAACACUGGGAACCCCCCCUUCAUCAAACUGAGUGACCCUGGAAUCAGCAUCACUGUGCUGCCCAAAGAUGUCCUUGUGGAGCGCAUCCCCUGGGUACCUCCAGAGUGUUUAGAGGAGGACAGACAUCUGACUCUGACUACAGAUAAGUGGGCCUUCGGCACCACUCUGUGGGAGAUCUGUAGUGGAGGAGACAGACCACUCAGCACACUGGACUGCUCCAAGAAACGUCUGUUCUAUGAAGACCAUCACCAGCUGCCUGCUCCUAAGUGGACAGAGCUGGCCAACCUGAUCAACAGCUGUAUGGACUAUGAGCCGUCCAACAGACCCUCCUUCAGAGCUGUUAUCAGAGACCUCAACAGCCUCUUCACACCUGACUAUGAGUUGCUGGUGGAGAGUGACAUGGUGCCCAACAGGGCCAGAGGGUUUGGGUUCCCAGGGGCCUUUGAGAACCAAAACCCUGCUCAGUUUGAAGAGAGACAUCUCAUCUUCCUCAAGCAGCUGGGCAAGGGUAACUUUGGCAGUGUGGAGAUGUGUAGGUAUGACCCUCUGCAGGAUAACACUGGGGAGGUUGUGGCAGUCAAGAAGCUGCAGCACAGCACAGCAGAACACCUCCGAGACUUUGAACGGGAGAUAGAGAUCCUCAAGUCCCUUCAGCAUGACAACAUCGUCAAGUACAAGGGAGUGUGUUACAGUGCGGGCCGGAGGAACCUGCGUCUCAUCAUGGAGUACCUCCCCUACGGCAGUCUGAGGGACUACCUCAUCAAGAACAAGGCCCGCUUCGACUACAAGAAGCUCCUGCACUACGCCUCACAGAUCUGCAAGGGCAUGGACUACCUGGCGACCAAACGCUACAUCCACCGCGACUUGGCCACUCGUAACAUCCUGGUAGAGAGUGAGCUGAGGGUGAAGAUAGGAGACUUUGGCCUUACCAAGGUCCUGCCUCAGGACAAGGACUACUACACUGUCAGAGAGCCGGGAGAGAGCCCCAUCUUCUGGUAUGCCCCGGAGUCUCUGACAGAGAGUAAGUUUUCAGUGGGCUCUGACGUGUGGAGCUUUGGAGUGGUCCUCUAUGAGCUGUUCAGUGACAAGAACUGCAGUCCUCCGGCAGCGUUCAUGGAUAAGAUGGGCCGUGACAAGCAGGGUCAGAUGAUAGUGUAUCACCUCAUAGAUCUCCUGAAGAAAGGAUACAGACUGCCUGCUCCCCAGGGAUGCCCUGAGGAGAUCCAGCACAUGAUGACCGAGUGCUGGAACAUUGACCCAGCCCUGCGGCCCACCUUCAAGAAGUUAGCCCAGACCGUGGACAUGUUCCGGGACAGUAAGGAGGGCUGAGGAACCCUUCCUGGAGGUCUCUGCUGGAGGGGCCUGGCCCAGCCCACACCGAUCACCUGGGUUGUGUUCAUUAGGCACCAAACGGACUGAAAGGGAUUACCUGGACUUGUCCAAUAAGAAACGCUCAGUUUCCUUUUCUGUUGCAAAGCGCUUUGCUACGGUGUGCCCUAAUGAAUACAUCCCUGACGACGCCUCAACUCUAAAAGACGACGACAUUGAAGUCACCUGACCCAACCGUCUUCUGGAGCAGAGCGCAGAAAACGGGGGACUAUUACCAAUGGCAUUCUGGGACAAGGCUCAAAAAUGGUCUACUUUGUGAUCAAACCUAGCCACUUUCUCAGGGAUUCUGGGGAUCUCUGAAAUGACCAUAUGCUGUUCCUUUGUUGCCGUCAUUUCGCCAUUUGGAGAUGUUUUCACUGUUUGACUUCUUUCAGACUCUGACUCUCUCCAGCACAGAACACCCAGCUGUUGAUGCUGUGUUAACGGCAACACAGAACACCCAGCUGUUGAUGAUGUGUUAACGGCAACACAGAACACCCAGCUGUUGAUGCUGUGUUAACGGCAACACAGAACACCCAGCUGUUGAUGAUGUGUUAACGGCAACACAGAACACCCAGCUGUUGAUGAUGUGUUAACGGCAACACAGAACACCCAGCUGUUGAUGAUGUGUUAACGGCGACACAGAACACCCAGCUGUUGAUGAUGUGUUAACGGCAACACAGAACACCCAGCUGUUGAUGAUGUGUUAACGGCAACACAGAACACCCAGCUGUUGAUGAUGUGUUAACGGCGACACAGAACACCCAGCUGUUGAUGCUGUGUUAAAGGCAACACAGAACACCCAGCUGUUGAUGAUGUGUUAACGGCAACACAGAACACCCAGCUGUUGAUGAUGUGUUAACGGCAACACAGAACACCCAGCUGUUGAUGAUGUGUUAACGGCAACACAGAACCCCCAGCUGUUGAUGAUGUGUUAACGGCAACACAGAACACCCAGCUGUUGAUGAUGUGUUAACGGCGACACAGAACACCCAGCUGUUGAUGCUGUGUUAAAGGCAACACAGAACACCCAGCUGUUGAUGCUGUGUUAAAGGCGACACAGAACACCCAGCUGUUGAUGAUGUGUUAACGGCAACACAGAACACCCAGCUGUUGAUGCUGUGUUAACGGCAACACAGAACACCCAGCUGUUGAUGAUGUGUUAAAGGCGACACAGAACACCCAGCUGUUGAUGAUGUGUUAACGGCAACACAGAACACCCAGCUGUUGAUGAUGUGUUAACGGCAACACAGAAGGCACGUGAGGGAAAGCAACACAGAAUAUGUACUGUACAGUUAGUAAAGGAUGUUCAACUGCCUACAUCCUUAACUCAAGUGGAUUAUGUCAAACCACAUUUCUCUUUUUCACCUUAGGGAAGAACUAAUAAAGCAAUACUGCUUUUAGAGACACAAAGACGUGGGAGGAAAGGGUGAUGAAAAAACAAUGAAGGGAGAUGUUUGACAAAGGGUGCAGCCUGUAUUUCUGUUUUCUCUAAGCACCCGCCUACUUAUCGUCGUACCCUGAAAUCUUGGGCUAUUGCAAAGUAACAUGCGGAAGGAACUGUCCAUGUGCCCUUGAGCGAAGUACUUCAUUUACUCCAGGGGCGUUGUACUACUGUGGUUGACCCUGUAAAACAGCACAUUUCACUACACCUAUCUGGUGUGUAACAAAACACAUAGUGCCUCCCUGUGACAACACACAUAGUGACCCCCUGUGACAACACACAUAGUGCCCCCCUGUGACAAAACACAUAGUGCCCCCCUGUGACAAAACACAGUGCCCCCCUGUGACAAAACACAUAGUGACCCCCUGUGACAAAACACAUAGUGACCCCCUGUGACAAAACACAUAGUGCCCCCCUGUGACAAAACACAUAGUGCCCCCCUGUGACAAAACACAUAGUGCCCCCCUGUGACAAAACACAUAGUGCCCCCCUGUGACAAAACACAUAGUGCCCCCCUGUGACAAAACACAUAGUGCCCCCCUGUGACAAAACACAUAGUGACCCCCUGUGACAAAACACAUAGUGCCCCCCUGUGACAAAACACAUAGUGCCCCCCUGUGACAAAACACAUAGUGCCCCCCUGUGACAAAACACAUAGUGCCCCCCUGUGACAAAACACAUAGUGCCCCCCUGUGACAAAACACAUAGUGCCCCCCUGUGACAAAACACAUAGUGCCCCCCUGUGACAAAACACAUAGUGCCCCCCUGUGACAAAACACAUAGUGCCCCCCUGUGACAAAACACAUAGUGACCCCCUGUGACAAAACACAUAGUGCCCCCCUGUGACAAAACACAUAGUGCCCCCCUGUCCAUACAGAGUCAUCGUGAAGAACAUGCCCAUAGAGAUGCAAUGUAAUGCUGUCUUUAAUUCUGUCAGAGUGACUCUAUGAUCUGUAACUGUAAAGCAGCAAUGUGGGCUGACAGGCUUUGCUUGUCCCACUACUCUAUUGUAAUAAUGGAGUUUAAUCCAGGGAUCAUCAACUAGAUCCAGAAGCAGGCCGAUAUGUUUCGUUAGAGGGUUGGAACAUAAGUACAAAUCAUUUGUGAACAGCAAAUUGACCGCAAGAAGCACAAACAGAUGUUUGUCUAAAACAUAAUCAUUUCAAACCUUCCUUAAAUUAGUAUAUGAUCACAUUGUGUCUAUUAUGCAUGGGAAUACAGAUUUCUUACACAUUUUUUACAAUAUUUUUGCUCAGAAUAAAACCACCCAUGGUUUAAAUUUGGCCCACGGGCCGCCAGUUGGGGAACCCUGGUUUAAUCUGUCUGCUUGUUUGUUGCUGUCUACCUUUUUAUUGAAUGUUAUGGUAGCUGUGCUGACAGUCAUACAUGAUGCCGUCAUGUCAAGGUCAGUGUUUUGUGUGAACAUGGGUUUUUUUUUUUCAUAAAAAAAUCAUAACAUGAUCAUGAAGAAGUGGGAAGUAUUUAGAAAAAAACAUAUUUUUUAUUUUUUAUAUACAAGCCAGUAUUUCCCUGUAUUUGCGUGUUGAAUGUAAAUCUGCUGUUGUUGAAUAUGAAUAAUAAUCCAAUGGCUAAAUUGAUUGUAAACUAUCAGCUAUUUUAUAUCAAAGCAGUCAAUGUUAUUGCAGAACUGUUGCUAUGGGUAACCUUCGUGUUUUUUAUUUAUAAGAGAGCCACUAUUAAAGUUGAACUGCAAUGUUAUUUGGUUGUAGUCAUCCUGUCUUGCCUCACAUUAAACAUAUUAGAUUGA